UUAAGAAAGAUUUUUGAUAUAAUAGAAAAAUAAUAUUCAUUCAUUAAAAAAUAUAGUUUUGGCAACAACAGUCGUUGAAAAGGGACACCAAAGGAUUACCCAAUAAAACGAUUGUUGAGCUGAAAUUUAAAAAUAUUAUAUAUUUUUUUGAAAAAAAAACGACAAUAUUUAACGAAAUAAAAAUAUAUAUUUAAACGAAACAAUUAACGAAAAUACGAGAGUGCAAUAAUAAAAUAGUUUUAAAUAAUAAAUAUUUUUUUGAAAAAAAUAUAAUUAAAUAAUUUAUGAGGUGAUUUAAAGUAAAAAUAAUUAAUACAACUGCAACUGAGUGCUAGGAUACUGGAAUUUAUACUGUAAAUUGAUAUGGGGCGGAUUACGUUUUGGUUCCUACUGGGACUAACAUUAUUUGCCGUCUCUUCUACUGAUGUGUAUGCUAGCUCUGAUGUUGGACCCACAGAAUCCGAAUGUCGUCCUUACAUUGAAAAGGCCAUUAACGAGUUGAAGACAGGUGAUGAAAAAGAAGAAUUAGUUCCUAGUCCAGAUACGACUUCCGGUGAAGAAAAAACGAUUAAAGAUACCGAUAAACAUGAUACUGACGAUGAUGGAGCGUCCGGUGAAAUGCUGGGAGAUCAACCUGUUCAUGAUGAAAAAGAAACUGUCGAAGUUAAUGAUGUAGAUUCUAAUGAAGAACCAACUGCCGAGCAUAAGGAAAUUGAUGUCGAUGGCGAUGGCAUACCCAAUGAGAAAGACAGUGAUAUCGAUGGAGAUGUGAUACCCAAUGAAGAAGAUGAUGAUAUGGAUGGCGAUGGUGUUCCAAAUACCCAAGAUGAUGAUAUUGAUGGAGAUGUGAUUCCAAAUGAAAAAGAUCUUGACAUUGAUGGUGAUGGAGUCUUGAAUAUCCAUGACACCGAUUUGGAUGGUGAUGGUGUGCCAAAUGCUAUUGAUGCUGAUUUGGAUGGUGAUGGUGUACCUAAUAUUAUCGAUGGCGAUAUUGAUGGAGAUGGCGUCCAUAAUGUCAGUGAUCAUGAUUUAGAUGGUGAUGGCAUUCCCAACGAUGAAGAUGACGACAUGGAUGGUGAUGGUAUCCCUAAUGAUCAGGAUGACGACAUGGAUGGUGAUGGUAUUCCCAAUGAUCAAGAUGAUGAUAUUGAUGGCGAUGGUAUACCUAAUAGUGAAGAUGAUGAUAUUGAUGGUGAUGGUAUUCCUAAUCACGAAGACGAUGAUAUGGAUGGUGACGGUAUUCCCAAUGUUGACGACAAUGAUAUGGAUGGUGACGGUAUUCCCAACACCGAAGACGAUGACAUGGAUGGUGAUGGCAUUCCCAAUGAUCAAGAUAAUGAUAUUGAUGGUGAUGGUAUUCCCAAUGAUCAAGAUAAUGAUAUUGAUGGUGAUGGUAUACCCAAUGAUGAAGACAAUGACAUUGAUGGCGAUGGUAUUCCUAAUGACCAAGAUAACGAUAUCGAUGGUGAUGGUAUUCCUAAUAACGAGGAUGACGAUAUCGAUGGUGAUGGUAUUCCUAAUAGCAAGGACGACGAUAUUGAUGGUGAUGGCAUGCCUAAUGAAGAUGAACCAAAAAGUUUGGAUGUUGAUAAAGACGGUAUAACCAAUGAUGAUGACAGUGACAUUGACGGUGAUAUUUUGCCUAAUGAAUUAGACUCUGAUAUGGAUGGUGAUGGAGUGCCAAAUACUCUUGAUAAGGAUAUUGAUGGUGAUGGUGUUCCAAAUGUCCAUGAUGACGAUGAACAUGAAGCAGCUGAUAUUCAACCUGGUGCAGAGCCUGUUGUUGAAGAAGAUGAAGUUAAACGUUCAAAACGCUCUGUAGAAGCAGUUAGUGAUAUGGACAAUGAUGGCAUUCCUGAUGACGAAGAUACUGAUAAGGAUGGUGAUGGAAUACCAAAUGAAAAGGAUGAUGAUAUCGAUGGUGAUGGUAUACCUAAUCACGAAGAUAAUGACAUUGAUGGCGAUGGUAUUCUUAACGAAAACGAUGCUGAUCGCGAUGGUGAUGGUUUGCCUAAUGAACAUGAUGACAGUGAUGGUGAGUCGGAUGAUAAGGAAAGCAAAACCGAAGCUGAUGAAGAAGAUAUUAAACCUGAAGAUGAAUUGUUAUGGGCUUUACCAAAGCAUAUCGAUCUAGAUGGCGAUGGCAUUCCUAAUGAAGACGAUGAGGAUAUUGAUGGAGAUGCGAAACCUAAUGAACAAGAUGAUGAUAUGGAUGGUGAUGGAAUACUUAACAUUCAUGAUGAUGACAUUGAUGGCGAUGUAAUACCAAAUGAAAAAGAUCCCGACAUCGAUGGCGAUGGUAUACUCAAUAUUCAUGAUACAGAUUUAGACGGCGAUGGUGUUGAAAAUAUAGUAGAUGAUGAUAUAGAUGGAGAUGGCGUUAAAAAUAUUCAUGACACUGAUAUCGAUGGUGAUGGUGUGCACAAUAUUCAUGAUGACGAUUUAGACGGAGAUGGCAUUCAUAAUGAAAAAGAUGAUGAUAUAGAUGGUGAUGGAAUACCAAAUCAUAAGGACACAGACAUAGACAGUGAUGGUUUAUCGAAUCAUGAAGACAACGAUAUUGACGGUGAUGGAAUUCUCAACGAACAUGACCAUGAUCAUCAUAAAUUUGAGGCUGUACAUAAAUUCGUUGAUAUAGAUGGUGAUGGAAUUCCAAAUGAGGAAGACGAAGAUAUAGAUGGAGAUUCUAAGCCUAACGAACAAGAUGAUGAUAUGGAUGGUGAUGGUAUUUUAAACAUUAAUGAUGAUGACAUUGAUGGAGAUAUUAUUCCAAAUGUAAAAGAUCCAGACAUGGAUGGUGAUGGUAUUUUAAACAUACAUGAUUCCGAUAUAGACGGCGAUGGAAUAGCUAACAAUAUUGACGAUGAUAUAGAUGGAGAUGGUGUAAAGAAUAUUCAUGAUGACGACAUCGAUGGCGAUGGUGUGCACAAUACGCAGGAUAACGAUUUAGAUGGUGAUGGUAUUCCAAAUGAACAUGACGAAGAUAUAGACGGAGAUGGUAUUCCCAACCAUAAGGAUGAAGAUAUAGAUGGUGAUGGAAUUUCAAAUCACGAAGAUCAUGAUGUAGAUGGUGAUGGAAUUCCCAAUGAUAAAGAUCAGAACAUAUCAAAUUCUAAGGCGAUGCCUAAAAAAAUUGAUUUGGAUGGCGAUGGCAUUCCUAAUGAGGAAGACGAUGAUAUUGAUGGCGAUGUUAUUCCUAACGAACAAGAUGAAGAUAUGGAUGGUGAUGGCAUUUUAAAUGUACAUGAUGAUGAUAUUGAUGGAGAUGUAAUACCAAAUGAAAAAGAUUCUGAUAUGGAUGGAGAUGGUGUUUUAAAUAUUUAUGAUAGCGAUUUAGAUGGUGAUGGGAUAGCAAAUAUUUUAGAUGAUGAUAUAGAUGGUGAUGGUGUUAAAAAUGUCCACGAUUCUGAUAUCGACGGCGAUGGAGUGCAUAAUUUGAAUGAUACUGAUUUAGAUGGCGAUGGUAUUUCAAAUGAUCAUGACGAUGACAUUGAUGGGGAUGGCGUCCCCAAUAGAAAAGAUAUCGAUAUAGAUAGUGAUGGUAUUUCCAAUUUAAAAGAUCACGAUGUAGAUGGUGAUGGUAUUCCUAAUGACAGAGAUGAUGAUAAACACAAGGUGGAGGCCUUGCCUAAGGAAAUCGAUUUGGAUGGUGAUGGCAUCCCCAAUGAACGAGAUGCCGAUAUUGAUGGCGACAUUAUUCCUAAUGAUCAGGAUGAUGAUAUCGAUGGUGAUGGGAUUCUUAAUAUUCAUGAUGAUGAUAUUGAUGGUGAUGUAAUACCAAAUGAACAUGAUUUAGAUAUGGAUGGAGAUGGUGUAUUAAAUACCGAAGACACUGAUUUAGAUGGUGACGGGGUAGCUAAUGUGAUUGACGAUGAUAUAGAUGGUGAUGGAGUUAUAAAUAUACUUGAUUCAGAUAUUGAUGGUGAUGGUGUAUAUAAUGUCCAUGAUAACGACUUUGAUGGCGAUGGCAUUCCAAAUGAUCAAGACGAUGAUAUCGAUGGUGAUGGUACACCGAAUAGUAGUGAUAAUGACAUCGAUGGAGACGGUAUUUCUAAUGUAGAAGACAAUGAUAUUGAUGGUGAUGGUAUUCCUAAUCACAGAGAGGCUGUUAGGUCGAAACGGGAGGCUUUGCCUAAGGUGAUUAUUGAUUUGGACGGCGACGGCAUCCCCAAUGAAGAUGAUGAAGAUAUUGAUGGUGAUAAAAAACCCAAUGAACAAGACGAUGAUAUUGAUGGAGAUGGAAUCCUUAAUAUACAUGACGAUGACAUUGACGGUGAUGUUAUACCAAACGAAAAAGAUCAUGAUAUGGAUGGCGAUGGAGUUUUAAAUAUUCACGAUUCAGAUUUAGACGGUGAUGGCGUUCUUAAUAUCCAUGAUGAUGAUUUAGACGGAGAUGGUAUUAAAAAUAUUCACGAUCCGGACAUUGAUGGUGAUGGUGUACACAAUAUAAAUGACACUGAUUUAGAUGGUGAUGGCAUACAUAAUGAUCAGGAUGCAGAUAUUGAUGGCGAUGGUAUUCUUAAUACUAAUGAUAACGAUAUUGAUAGUGAUAAUAUUUCAAAUCAUGAAGAUGAUGAUAUCGAUGGUGAUGGUAUUCCGAAUCAUCAAGAUAAUAUUAAACAUGUAUCUGAGGCCCCGCCUAAACAUAUUGAUCUAGAUGGGGACGGCAUUCCCAAUGAACAGGAUGAGGAUAUAGAUGGUGAUGUAAUACCAAAUGAACAGGAUGAAGAUAUGGAUGGGGAUGGUAUUUUAAAUAUUCACGAUGAUGAUAUUGAUGGAGAUGUGAUACCAAACGAAAAAGAUGUGGAUAUGGAUGGAGACGGUGUUUUAAAUAUUCACGACAGUGAUUUAGAUGGGGACGGCAUAGCAAAUGUUAUCGAUGACGAUAUCGAUGGUGAUGGUGUGAAGAAUGUCCAUGAUACCGAUAUUGAUGGAGAUGGCGUUCAUAAUGUUCAUGAUAAUGAUUUAGAUGGCGAUGGCAUUCCAAAUGACCAGGACGAUGAUAUCGAUGGUGAUGGCAUUCCAAAUCAUAAAGAUAAUGAUAUUGAUGGUGAUGGUACUGUCAAUCAUGAAGACGAUGAUGUCGAUGGUGAUGGUAUUCUAAAUCAUGAUGACGACGGAUCUGAGGCAGAACCAAAACGGGUAGAUGUAGAUGGUGAUGGCAUUCCAAAUGAAGAAGAUGAUGAUAUUGAUGGUGACAUAAUUGUGAAUGAACAGGAUGAAGAUAUGGAUGGAGACGGUAUCUUAAAUAUUCACGAUAAAGAUAUGGACGGGGAUGUUAUUCCAAACGAAAGAGAUCCAGAUAUGGAUGGUGAUGGCAUAUUAAAUAUCCACGAUAGUGAUUUAGAUGGUGAUGGUGUACCAAAUAUUGACGAUCAUGACCUUGAUGGUGAUGGAGUCCCAAAUACUGAAGAUCACGAUAUAGAUGGUGAUGGCAUUCAUAAUAUUCAUGACAAUGAUUUAGAUGGAGAUGGAAUUCCCAACGACAAAGAUGAUGAUAUUGAUGGUGAUGGUAUUCCAAAUCAUAAAGACAAAGAUAUUGACGGUGACGGUAUUCCUAAUGACAAAGAUCAUGAUAUUGAUGGUGACGGCAUAUCUAAUAAUGCUGAUAGCGAUGUUGAUGGCGAUGGAAUUCCAAAUCACCAGGAUGACGACCAACACGAGUCGGAGGACUUGCCUCAACUUGUCGAUUUAGAUGGUGAUGGCAUUCCUAAUGAGCAAGACAGUGACAUCGAUGGUGAUGUUAUUCCCAAUGAAGACGACGAAGACAUGGAUGGUGAUGGUAUUUUAAAUAUCGAUGAUGAUGAUAUCGAUGGUGAUGUUAUACCAAACGAAAAUGAUCCCGAUAUGGAUGGCGAUGGUGUAUUAAACAUACAUGAUUCUGAUUUAGAUGGUGAUGGUGUUGCAAAUAUUAUCGAUGAUGAUUUAGAUGGUGAUGGCGUCCCUAAUGUCAUUGAUCAUGAUAUUGAUGGUGAUGGUGUGCAUAAUAUUAACGAUAGUGAUUUAGAUGGCGACGGAGUGUUAAAUAUUGAUGACGCUGAUUUAGAUGGCGAUGGUGUACCAAAUGUUGUCGAUACAGAUCUCGAUGGCGACGGUGUUUUGAAUGUUGCCGAUGCUGACUUAGAUGGUGAUGGAUUGUUGAAUGUUGCCGACACCGAUAUCGAUGGUGAUGGUGUUCAUAACGUCAAUGAUAAUGAUUUAGAUGGUGACGGCAUUCCAAAUGAACAUGAUGAUGAUGUCGAUGGUGACGGCACAGCCAAUGACGAAGAUGAUGAUAUCGAUGGCGAUGGUAUACCAAAUGCUGAAGAUGACCUCAUCAAUAUCUAUGAAUAUGAGGAAGGUGAAAUCCCCGAAAACCGUAGAAGUCGUAGUCAUAUUUAUGAAUUGUUACAACUUGAUGAUGAAUCAAAUGCCCGCGAAAAGGCUAUUGAUAAUGUGGCCGAAAUUAUUUUACGCGACAUUAAACGCACUUACGAAAACGCUAUUAAGCCAUUGGAAACUUUGUAUAAAUACCGUGAUUUGAGUAAUCGCCACUUUGGAGAUCCUGAAAUUUUCUCCAAGCCAUUGGUAUUGUUUAUGGGACCUUAUUCUGGUGGUAAAUCAUCAAUAAUUAAUUAUUUGACUGACAAUGAAUAUACAGCCAGCUCUCUAAGGACCGGUGCUGAACCAUCUCCUGCUUAUUUCAACAUUUUGAUGUGGGGCAAUGAGACCGAAGUUUUGGAUGGUACCCAAUUAGCAGCUGACUAUACUUUCUCCGGAUUGCAAAAAUUCGGUCAAGGUUUAGAAGACCGUUUGCGCGGCCUAAAAAUGCCCAACAAACUAUUGGAAAAGGUUAACAUUGUCGAAAUUCCCGGUAUUUUGGAAGUACGUAAACAAGUUUCACGUUUGUUCCCCUUCAAUGAUGCCUGCCAAUGGUUUAUUGAUCGUGCUGAUAUUAUUUUCUUGGUAUAUGACCCAGCCAAACUUGACGUUGGUCCAGAGACUGAAGCAAUCUUGGAUCAAUUGAAAGGUCGUGAAUACCAAACACGUAUUAUUUUGAACAAGGCCGAUACUGUAAAACCUGAGGAAUUAUUGCGCGUACAAAGUGCAUUGAUUUGGAAUAUUUCUCCCUUAAUGUCUUCCGCUCAACCGCCAUUAGUAUACACGACUUCUUUGUGGUCUCAUCCCUAUCAAGAGGGUUCUCCAGCUCGACUAUUAUUGGCACAAGAAAGAGCUUUUCUCAGAGACUUGCGUACCGCAGUCGAUAAAAGAAUUGAAAAUAAAAUUGCAAGUGCGCGUCGUUUUGCUGUUCGCGUCCGUAAUCAUGCUAAAAUGGUUGACUGCUACUUAAAUACCUUCUAUAAUCAUAAAACUUUGUUUGGCAACAAGAAACGAAUUGCUGAUAACAUUAUUGAAAAUCCACAAAACUAUCACAUCUAUGAAGGUUUAUCAACUCUUACAAAUAUCUCACGUUACGACUUGCCCGAUCCUGAGGUUUAUCGCGACUUCUUCCGUCUGAAUCCCCUGUACGAAUUCAAGAAGUUAGCCGAGACCUGUUCCUACUUCCGCGGCUGUCCCAUUACUAAGCUGGAUGUAGCCAUUUCCUAUGAUUUACCCGAUUUGUCUGGCAAAUAUAAGAAAAUGGUCGAAACUGCUGUAGUAAAGGCUGAAAAUAAGGAAUCAUCUUCCAACAACGCCGCACCAGUUCAAGAUGAUAAAAACAAAAAGACCAAAAGUUGAGUUGAACAUCUUUAAGUUAGAACAAUUAAACUCAAAAGCCAUUAAUGAAUAAAACACAAUGCGCUCUUUAACGAAAGACAACGAAGACAAAAUGUAAUUAGAAGUUAAUGGUUUAACUACACAAGACAGGAAAAGAGCGCAAUUUAAAUAAAAAACUUAUUAUUAUUUUAAGAGAGUGAGAGAGUAUAUUAGACAAUAUAAACUUUUUUGAAAAACUUUAAAUAUCAUCUGCAGUCAAACAAAAGAGAGAAAGAGGUAUUGGUCAUCUUUACAAGCACUUACUUGUAAUCGCUUGUAUUACAUCAAACUUGACCAUUAGAGAGUUUUCAAGAAAUUACUUUUAUUAACAUCGUAAUGCCUUUCAGAUAUAAUAAAAAAAUAAUAAUAAAAUAUUAAAUUAAUUUAAAAAUACACACACAGAAAAUAGCAAAACGAAUUAGCACUAACCCAAUAUUUUAAGUUAUAUGAAAAUUAACAAAUAGGUCCGAUUAAAAAUUUUUCUUCUCCUACCCAAUUUAAACACCACUAAUAAGACGAUAAAUUUGUUUAUAUUAAUUGCUUAAUGAAAAACAACUUACACGAUAUGUCAUAACGAUAACAUUGGAUUUUCAAAAAUUUACUGCAACUACAAUAUUAUUAUAUUUAUUUUAAAGCAUUUAAUUUAUUUGUAAAUUUUAGUUGUCUGUGCACACUUUGAAACCUGCCAAAAUUCCUAACCCGUUCCUUUCCAAAUAUAUGUUUUAAUGUUUAUUCAUGUCCAAAUUUAAAUGUCCGCUUCUAACUAUUCUAUUUCCGUUUCCAUAUAACUUUGUCACCGUCCUUUUUCUUCAUAGUUAAUAAGCUGUAAUUGUAUAGUAAAUUCUAAAACAGUGAAGACGUUCUAAAAAAAAUAAGAAAAUCUAUGUUAAAAUUAUAAUUUAGUAUAUCAAAUUUUUUAGGUAGUUUUUUUUCUUGUGUAGAAAAUGUAAGAGUCAAAACAUUUUCUAGAUAAAACAAAGUAAAAAUUGUAAGGAUUUGUAAUGCAAAUUUAAGUAAAUAAAAUAUUAAAAACUCGAA